GACCUCUCCACGACUUUGCCAUCUUCCCGUACAAUCCCAUGCUCCUUGGCCAACGAGGAGGACAUCUCCGACUCCAACUGCCAAGAUGAGGACUUGGAGUCGCUGCAGCUGCUUAGGGGACUUUGCCAAAGGGGCGAAGUGGGAGAGGCCAUCCAGCUGUUCGAGAAGCUGGAGAAGCAGGCGAACCAGGAUGGAAAUCGGAAGUUGCUGUCCCGUCUCCAUCACGACACUUCUCUGGAGUCCUUGCGAGAAGUGUGCAAGCGACGCUCCGGCUUCAUCCAGCGGUUAGUCGAGCCGGCAUGGAAGGAGCACAGUGAGUGGACCUACCUCAACCUCUCCGACCCGGAG